AUGCGUGACCUGAGGGCUUCGGCUCGAGCCAAUGGCGGAAAGACGUUGCGAGAGGUGCAAUGGAGGAGAUCCCUCGAGUUAGUGAACCGGUUAACGCAGAAUCCUGAUAGACGAGAUGCGCAUGCUGUGCAUGAAAUAGAUAUCGCCGACUUCGACGAGAGGGGAGGGGGAUUUUGCCGCAAUAUUGGACCGAGAGGAUGGGCUUGCGGCGCUGGUGAAAGCUCUACCAAAUUUAAGACAUUUCCGGUACGUCGCGCGCCGGCUAUCAACGCAAUAGUCGCUCACCAGAAGAUUGACAGGCUGCACUCGUCGGAACCGAGUUUCGAAGCUGUAAUCCGCGCCGUAAAUGAGCACCCCAAUAAGCCAGAGCUUCACCUGCUUCAAGAAGGCGGAUUAAGAGUUGCUGCAGGCCCUUUGCCCUGCGUAAGAACCAUCCAUGCCCGCGUGAACCCUUUCUGCGAUACCGCAGAGCAGCCGAAUCGAAGAGUUCCACGUUUCCAGCAAAUGUUCUUCGCUUGCCCGAACUUGAGAUCGUUCUCGUUUACGUUAUUACAAGGUCCGUUAGGGCCCAAUUGGUUUAAUGCAGUCAAUUCAUUCGUGCUCCGGGGUGAGGAGCAGUUCCCACCGUUGGAAUUGCUGUCGCUAGAUGACUUCCGAAUAAGAUCCGGGGACUGGAUGCACUGGCGAGAGAACGCUGACUGGUCUAUCUUACGAUCCCUUAGCCUGGGGCCUCAUUGGGACGUGCGUUUUCUGACGGGCUUGACUGGGCAUGCCAAUGCCCUCGCAGUCUCACGGUCUUUCAGUACCCUGGAGAAGCUCACAAUAAAAGGCCGUUUAGUGUCCGUCGAGACGCUAAGUAGCCAUCCCAGACUCAAGCAGUUAUGCGUGCACAUGUUUGAGCUUCCGAGGGGUCGUGAUGUCCUCGUCCGCUGCCCACAUCUCGAAGUACUCAAGAUCGAUGUCAACCAUCCCAUCGCAAUGCUCGCUGAGGCCACCAAACCGCUAGCAAUUGGAUUCGACAACCUUCGUCACUUGACACUGCAUCUUGAGGUGGGACUUACCUGGCCAUUUCCCCCUUGGCGAGCGAGGAUAACAGAUAUUAAACCCCUGCAUCCCGAGCUCAAUGAAACAAUGGCAAAGGAAUUUGGGCAAGCCUUCUUUGCUUGGCGGCCAGAGUCGAAGCUACAGACACUCUCAUUGAAGACUGGAGAGAAGCGACCCCCUUCGCGGAUUGUUCGUAACGCCCAAGAGGAAGCCGCAGCCAGAACAGCGCAUAUGUGCCGAUCAGCGAGUCGUAAUGGAAAGCUUGUGGUAAAAGUAGAGCGACGGUGUCCCUCGGAAAAAGAUUAG